UUCAAGAUGGCGGCUCUCAUGAAGCAUCAUCAAAUUCGUGCUCUGUGCGAAAAAGUUAACAUGUUGACGUUCCUUAAAAGGAGUUGCGGUGCUUUCUUGUCAAAAAAUUACUCUCAGUGGUCAUUAAGAAGUAUUUCAGCUUCUGUAUUAAACACAAAUAACACCAGUCAUCUGGGUAUUGCCCCAACUAUAACAUUACCAUCAAGAAAAUUCCAAACUGAUCUUAAUGCUCAAGAGGGAGAACAGCACCAAGAGCAAAGUCCUGACCAUCCUCAGCCAAGUAUUGAAGAUCCAUUUAAAGAGCCAGUGGAGCCAUGUAUUCUAUGCAAGAGCAAAGUACCAGUCUCCUACAAGAAUGUGCAGCUAUUGUCCCAGUUUGUGUCCCCCAACACCGGAAGGAUCUACGGUCGUUACAUCACCAAGCUCUGCAGCUACCAACAGAGGCGCGUCACAAAGGCCAUCAAGCGGGCCAGAAAAAUGGGUUUUAUGCCCUACAUGUACAGGGAGACUAUUUUCCUCAAGGAUCCUAACCUGUUUGAUAUCAGGUACACAGGCAAUGUGGAGAUUGCAAUGAAAGAACCCUCCAACCUUGUUGAGCCCCAGACACACGAGGAGCCUCAACCUCAAGACGAAAUCCCAGACAAGUAACAUUGUUUUUGACGGUGUAAAACUUGUUUUGCACUCGGAAACAACCAAAGAAUAUUGCAUCAGUGUAUAGAUCUUAAAGGCUGUGUGCUCAAUAAAAGUCGUGGACUCUUCAAACAGACCAGACACCAGCACUUGAGUGUACAUUUCAUCUGUAUGUGGUGGAAAACUUGUGAUGAUGACUUAGCAACACCUGACAGGAUUGUUUUACCUCACUGUCCAAAAGCUGUGAUGUUCAUGAAGUCCAAUGAUCAUGGUCGAAGACCGGCAAUGACAAGAUGAGCUGCAUAAGGGGCAGUUGCUAGACAGAUGAACAUGUAUAUGUAGUCAUUUAUGCUGUAUUUUUCAAAAUGACGUCAUUUUUUAAAACAAACAACAGCCUCUCAGCAAAUUGCGUUUGCUGACUUGAAAUUAGCCAUGCAAGUGAAUUGGCUGAAGACUUAGACUUCAGUUUGAAAGAUGUCAGUCAUUGAUGAUAUCAUUUUGCCACAGGCGUCAUAACAUGCACCACUGUUUCAUUACACAAGUUUUGAAGUGUAUUAGUUUUGUUUCCACGGGGACA